AUGGCGAAUAUAGACAAUUCAAAGGCGAGAGAUAACGGACUGCCGUUUUGCCUCGAACACGAUGCGUCUUUCUCUCCCGGAGGUGAGGGCGGCCUGGCCGUCCUCGGCAUGUCUCAAAUCUUCAGUCUGGACAUGGUCGCUCCUUGGUCCAACAGCCCUCCCAUGCCUGUGCUGCCUGCAGAAGUUCACGCGCCACAAAUCAGCUAUUGCUAUCCGCAUCCCUCAGUCCCAGGCUUACAGCCGACAGCUAAUAGCAUGACUCUGCCUCACGCCCCGCAACCCCAUACGAGCAAGGACCACCAACGUUGA